AUGGAUGACGAUGAUGCCGAUUAUAUGCAGGGCAGCGAUGACGAGGAUUACGGUUUCGACUACUCUGAUGGAGACGAGGCCAACGAAUCCGGAAGUGCUGAUGUAGAGAACAUGUACUAUACUGCAAAAUCAAAGAAAGAGGAUACACCAGAGGAAGCACUAAAAGAUUUUCGCGCAAUAGUGGACCAGGAAACAGAGAAAGGCGACUGGGGCUUUAAGGCUUUGAAACAAUCUACCAAACUCCUCUUCCUACAGCUACACCGGCCAGCGGAUGCCUUGAAGACCUACACACAACUCCUGACCUAUACCAAGUCUGCAGUCACACGAAAUUACUCUGAGAAGACCAUCAAUGGCAUCCUUGAUUAUGUUGGUGGGGGGAAGAGUGGUCCCGUCGAGGUAGAUGUACUAGAAAAGUUCUACCAGGUGACGAAAGAUGCGCUCGAGGAGGCGAAGAAUGAUCGUCUGUCUGUCAAGACGAAUUUAAAACUGGCGAAACUUUGGCUAGAUCGAAAAGAGUACGGGCGUUUGACGAAGCUCAUCCGCGACUUGCACGCCACGACUAAGGCUGCUAUGGAUAGCGAAGACCAGUCACAACGCGGAACACAGCUCCUCGAGAUCUAUGCACUCGAGAUUCAAAUGCACAAUGAGAUGCGUAAUGUCAAGAAACUCAAGGAAAUAUACAAUGCAUCGAAUAGUGUGCGCUCCGCAAUUCCACAUCCACGGAUCAUGGGUGUUAUCAAGGAGUGCGGAGGCAAGAUGUGGAUGGGCGAAAGACAGUGGAAUCGUGCAUCGGAAGACUUUUUCGAGUCCUUCCGCAACUAUGACGAAGCUGGCUCUCCGCAACGUAUCCAGGUCCUCAAGUACCUUGUCCUCGCGAACAUGCUCACUGGAUCUGAAGUUAACCCAUUUGACUCCCAAGAAACAAAGCCAUACAAGAAUGACUCACAGAUUAAGGCGAUGACUGACCUUGUAGAUGCCUAUCAACGCAGAGAAGUUCACCUGGCUGAGAAGAUCUUACGAGAUAAUCGGUCAACGAUUAUGGAUGACCUGUUCAUUAGAUCAUAUAUCGGUGAACUUCUGCGCAGUCUGCGCACGUCCUAUUUGAUUGACCUCAUCAAGCCCUACACGAGACUGGAGCUUUCGUUCCUUGCCAAACAACUUAACGUCGAAAUAGCUGAGGUCGAGGAGCUCCUUAUUGGGCUUAUUCUAGAGGGAAAGGUUGAUGGCCGAAUCGACCAAGUAGGCAUGCGCCUUGAACUCGAUCAAAGCCACGCACUGGAGAAGAAGCGUUAUGCCGCACUUGAGAGGUGGACGGAAGUUUUGGAGGGCUUGCACUCCACUGUAGCAGCGAAGACGGCCGCUGGAAGCAGAGGAGAUCCGAUGAUGGGCAUGCCGCCUGAACGGUUUUCUCCUGACUUUGGAGGGGCGACGGCAACAGGUUUCUAA